AGAAAAAUAUAAUGAAAAAUUCUUACCAUUGACCGUAGAUUUACGAUCUAAUGAUCCUGAUAUUAAACUUGAUAAUUUCGAAAAGAGACUUAAAUUCUAUGAAAACAUUGUCGAUACUUCAAUAUUAACUUCUAACAAGACAGAUACAUCUCCCACUACUGGCAAUAGUAUUUCUCCUUGA